UAUUGCCUGACUUGGGUAGUUGGGAGAUGAAUGUAAAUCACUAUGCCCCAGACGUGAUCCAACGCGAAGACGGCAGAUUCGUCCUUUACUACGCAGGGGAGCUCAAAAGCUGGAUUCGCCAUCACUGCAUAGGCGCAGCUGUCUCGAAUGGAACCAGUCCACUGGGACCUUACAUCCCUCGCAACGAAAGUCUCGCCUGUCCUCGUGAUCAAGGCGGCGCCAUCGACCCGUCCCCGUUCCGAGAUAUUGACGGGAAGUUCUACGUCGUCUACAAGGUUGACGGCAACAGCAUCGGCCACGGCGGCAACUGCAACAACGGCAAGAAGCCCAUCGUCCCAACACCAAUCAUGCUGCAGGAACUCGAAAACGACGGGGUCACACCCACGGGCGAUCCGGUUCAAAUCCUGACCAACGAAAAGGUCGAUGGGCCGUUGGUCGAAGCCCCAAAUAUUAUUCGCUCUGACGAGGGCGUGUAUUAUCUCUUCUUUUCGUCACAUUGCUUCACAUCAUCAAAGUAUAACGUGAAGUAUGCUUAUUCGACCUCGCUGCGUGGCCCGUAUACUCGAGCCGAGCGGGCGUUGUUCCAAUCCGGUGACUUCGGGCUCAAGUCUCCUGGGGGUGCGACUGUUUCUCCAAAUGGUACGCAGAUGGUCUUUCAUGCUAACUGCGGCAAGUAUCGAUGCAUGUAUGCGGCGGCCAUUAACAUAAGCGUCAAUUCUACUAUUACGCCGGCUGCUCUAUGAAGUUGAGUUUGGAGAGAAGUCUCGAUUGUUUGGGAUGGUAUGAACUUCGGCUCCAGACCCAAGGAUUGUUUCUUCGAAGUAGCAUACAGUGUGAAUUCCACAGUGAACGGAUUGGACAAAAUCGGCCAAACCCAGCGGGGAAAGCAUUUGGAAAGAGUGUCAGGAUCCUUGGCGGCAGUGCCUCGGCAGAUACCAGAAGCAAUGAAGUGGGGCAGUAAAGCGUGCGAAUAGCCCCCCAUCCGGAAGCAUUCAACAACGCACAG